UCGAACUUGGCAACUAACGCUCCAGUAGCAUUCUGUUCUCUGGUAAAGCGUUACUGUCCGUUAUUUUCUACGCUUCAUUGACGUUUAAAUUUCCUUGUAAGUAAAACCGUGAAUGUAUGCAAAUCUUCUCCAUUUGACAUGUUGCUUUACUGGUGUGUAAUAAUCAGCGUGCAGAUUGUCGUCAGGAUGCCGUGGAGCACUGCGUGCCCCGCAACGACAACAUUUCCCGCUUGCAACUGGAAUUUUUACGGAGGGAUAAUGACAAAGUGCCAAAUAGUCAGCCGCGAUGACAGUGCUGCCAACACCGUUGCGGGGCAGUUUACCAACUGCAUGAUCACGGAAUUGACGAAAGAUCGUUUGGCGGUUCCGAAGCACCUAACCGUCGUCGAAGGUGACACCCUUCACCUGAGCUGUCGACCUUUCGAAGUGGUCCCACGCAGCAUCGCCAUGGAGACCAGCCCAGACGAGCCACGCCUGCUGCUAGUCUACUACUGGACGAAGGACGGACAACGCGUCUUCCAGCGUUCGGCCGACAUCCCCGCCUUCACCGGCCACUGCAACAACAACGUGUUGGGUCUGCGCCACCUCCCCGACGACGAACUGUGGAUUCAUAGUGUGCAGCUGGCCGACGCUGGGACGUACGCCUGCUCGCAUCUGGAGGAAUGUGAAGGUCCUGCGGAGGGUGGCGCCACCUGGUGCCGGCUGUAUGUCGGAGCGACGACGCAUGUUAGUGUGGUACCUGAACGAAUCGGGCAGCAAGCAUGUCAACGCUGCACCUGAGAAUAUCGGACAGCGAUUAUAAUUAAUGACCUUAUGCGUUUGUCCAUAUUUGUGCUAGUGAAAUAAACGAUUCAACCGUGUUCCGAAUUGAUCUAUUCUGAUAACAGUUGUUUUAUGGAAGCUAUGAUUAAACGAUCA